UCCUUCUCAAUGUAAGAUUUCUUCAAUCUCAUGCACAUGCUUUGGAGAGCAGCCAUGGUCUUGCCAGGGAAUUGAUAUAUCACUUUUUCGUAGUCUAUGUUCUGGUACUCAUAAUUUUUCUUCAAGAUCUUCUUGAGACUCUUAAUUUCUCUGAAGGAAAAUUCAAAUUUAGAAACAGUCUGGAUUCGGGCAACAAGCUUCUCUGGGGUAGCCUUCCAUCCUGAUCUAUGUCAAAGUUCUUGAACUCCUUCGUGAUGAGUCAGGUCAGUUUCUGGGUCAAGCUUCAAGAGAUCAUUAAAAGUGAAGAUUCCUUCUUUCUCCAUAUCUCUGAUUUUCUGGAACAAAGACUUGUCUUCUGUCUUGCCCCAUCUUCUGAAAAUUACCUUAUCUGUCUUCUUCUUGGAAAAUAGCUUGUCCUUGGUCUUUCAGGAGAAUUUCAUCAGCUGAAUCUGAGUUGUCUUCGUGUUAGAGUUCUCUGAGCCAGGGGUCUCUUCCUUCUUGUCCAGUGGCAAGGAAUUAUUCAAUAUUGAAAAAUCAGGAAGUCCAACUUCUUGAGCUUCUUCGUCAAAUUGAUGGGCUGGCAUCCCGAACAAAGUGUUGUCAACAGCUUCUUGGCCAACUUCGAGAACUUUUGGGGAACUGGCUUGAUCGUUUUGUAGGGUAUCCACAUUUUCGGGGACAUCCACGGAGCAAUAUUUGGCUAUAAAAAGUCUUGAGGAAUUGGGAUUUAUAAUGAGUUAA